AUGAAAGAAAACACCAAAGUGUCCUCUUCACAGAAGAGGGCUCUCACACUGGUAGCCGCUGCGCUGCUUUCAGCCGCUGCCUUGUGGGCAUCCUUUUCACGAAUCUCCGCGGCGAUGAUGGAGAUCAGAGGGAACCAGUAUCGAGAUGAUAACCUUCCUCCCUGGAGCCAUGGACUUCUUGACAUCCAUCAUCUGCAGGUGGGGGCAUGCCAGAGCACCUUUGUCGUGAUGCCGGAUGGCUCCACCUUGCUCAUCGACGCCGGCGACGUGGAGACGGAGGCUUGGAGAGCAAGACACAAGGAGAAGGAACCGAGGCGCCCCUUCCCCAACUCCACCAGAACCACGGCUGGAUGGAUCGUCGAGUAUCUGAAGAAGUUUUGGCCGCGCGACUUGGAAGCCAGACCUACCUUGGAUUUUGUGCUGGUGACGCAUUUCCGCAAGGACCACAUUGGUGACAUUGAGGCGGCUGUCAAGAGGGGCACCAUGAGCCUACAUGGGCACGAUGCACUUCCACUCACGGGUCUCUCAGAGGUCGCGGAAGCUUUCCAUUUCUCCAAGCUGAUUGACAGAGCGUAUCCAGACUACAGCUUUCCCGUCAGUCUCUUCAACACGCCCGACGGUGCCUUUUACAUGGGCUUCAUGGAGUCGCUGCAGGUGAGGGGCACCAGCGUCGAACGCUUUGAGGUUGCCAGCUCUGACCAGCUGCGCAUGGUGAAGAAAGGCUCGACUGCAGGAUUCGCGAUCAAGAACAUCAAGGCGAAUAACGAGGUUGCCGAGGUCGACAGGACAGGCAACCUGAAAGGCAAAAGAACCAUACCCGGCACAGUCUUGAAGGGCGAGGGAGAUUGGGAUGAGAAUGCGCUGAGCACAGCAAUCGUCAUCGAGUAUGACAGCUUCCGCUACUAUGAGGGCGGGGACACAAGCGACCAAGCGAUGGACUCGGUAAACCCCACGGCACAAGCCACGGGGCCAGUGGAUGUAGCCACCCUGAAUCACCACGGACAUGGGGUGACCGAGCUUUUCGCCCAGCUGGUGGACCCAAAGGUGGCGAUUCUGCAGGUUUGGUGUUCUGACCAGCCACCAAGCCAAAGCAUGAGGAUCCUGGGCGCAGAAGGCACGGGCAUCGGGCGGGAGAUCUUCGCCACCGACCUGUUUUCAGAGAGGUCGGCCGAUCUCCAGGCACAGGGUCUCUUAGGAAACCUCCGAUCCUCCGGGGGUCACGUGGUUGUCCGGGUGUAUCCCAAGCGCGGCGAGCGCGCGAUCCAGACCUACGAGGUGUUCGUCCUCGAUCCCAGCACCCUGCCGACGACCGAAGAGCCGGCUGAGUCGACGGGCGAUCCAGACUGGUCGGAGCUUCUGAGUCGAGUAGAGCAGGCCGUGCGCGAGGCGGAGGGCGCUUCCGCUGCGCCCAGCGCGGCGACCAUGGCCGAGGAGGUUGCUGUCUUAGUCGCCGAAAAGAUGGCGCUGAGAGAGCAGGUGGAGAGACAGCAGGAGCGCAUCGAGAUGCUUGAGGACGAGCUUCGACAACUGGAUGUGAUGCCGCCAGAUCACCUUCUGAGAGACGUGCUGUCGAAGCACGUCGCCCGGGGUCUGAGCGAUGCAGGCGGUGCCUUGUCAGCGGGCCUUUCGGCUGUGCUGGCACCCAAAACUGGCCGCCCUGAGUCAUCGCCUGUGGGAGGUGAGUUUGAGGUCAUCAGCGGGCGUGGCGCCAUCGUCCGCAGCGGUGAGUCCCUGCGCAGUGAGGUCGUGGGGGAACUGGCCCCAGGCAGCCGCGUCAAGGUCGUCGCGACCUCGCGCAAGUAUCCACGGAGGGUGGAGAUCGUCCACGCGCCUGCAGAAGCCCCGGGUUCUGCCGAGGACGCGCCCAAGGCGCGGGGACUCGUCGGAUGGAUCAGUGCGUCCUCCAAGGACGGUCGCCUUCUGAUCCGGGCUGUGGCUGAGGAGGCACCAGUUGAGGCGGUGCAGGCAGCGGCAGCGGCCGAGUCACCGAAGGAUGCAGGCAGCGUCACAUUGUCGCAGCAGGAGUGGGAGUGCUUGAAUGAAGCCAAUGCGAGCUCCGCCCAGCAACUCCAGGAGCUGUCUGCGCAGCUGAGCCACAUCGGCGCCUACCUGCUCCAGUCAUUCGAGAUGCAGUCCGUGCUGGCUCAGCUGCAGAAGAUAGCGGGGCAGGAGCGCGAGCGGUGCUCCUCGGCUCGGGAAACUGCGGCCAUGGCCAGCGAAGAGGCAGCACAACGCCGUCGCCAGGCGCGCGCCGAGGUCGAGGCACUCCAGGAAGCCUUUCGGGCCAAUGAGGCCCGCCUGGCUGUCGCCGAGGAAGAGGGAGAGGAAGAGGAGGAGGAGGCAGAAGAGCACGAGGAGGAACCACCUCCCACUCUCCUGGCCGAGUCGCCCAUUGGUGCCUCAGCGAUCGACUGGGAGCGGUUGAGCUCCGAGAGGGAGACCACGGCGGCGGCGCUCUCCGCCGGACUUCAGCGGCUGACCUCGCUGCAAAGGGAGGUGGCGGAGCUCGAACAGGAGCAGCAGCGGAAGCGCGCCGAGCCUGCCGACUUCGGCCAGCUAAGGCAGCGCCUGCGAUCGGCGUUGCGAGGUGCAACGAAGGUGGAGCCGCCCUGCAACAGCGAGGUCCUGGAAGCCUCAGAGGGCCUCUUCCGCCACCGACUCCGUGACCUCACGCAGCACGCCCGAGCGCUUCGGAGGGAGCUGCGGCAGGCUCAAGAAGGCGAGCGGACGUUGCGGGGGUCGGUGGCGGCGCGCAGCGACGCUUUGCGAGGGCUGCUCCAUCGCCUUGCGCUCACCGGGCUCGAGUCGAUUCCACAGUGCGGUCCGGUUCGCCUCGCACCGGACCCCGAUGCGGAAAGAGCAGCGCUCCUGGCCGCCGUGCAGGAACAGCUCCAGCAAAACCUGGAACUCCAGUCCUCGACAUGCCCACAGCCUUGA